AGUGGCCACCACCUGUGCCAGCAGAGACCAGGCAGAGGGUGCAGUGGGCUGAAUGCUUGUGUCCCCACCCCCACCCUACGGAAAUUCUAAAGUGAUGGUAUUAGGAGGUGGUUAGGUCAUGAGGGUGGACUCCUCAUGGUAGGGUUAGUGCUCUUAUAAACGGGACCCCAUAGAGCUCCCCAGCCCCUUCCACCAGUGAGUAGCCCUGAGAGGUCAGCCCUCUGCUACCAGGAAGCGGGUCUCACCAGAACCCAUCCACGCUGGCACCCUGAUCUCAGACCUUCAGCCUCCAGAAAUGUGAGAAAUAAAGUUCUAUUAUUUAUGAGCCGCUAGUCUAGGUACUUUGCUAGUCCCAACUCAGACAGAAGGUUUGGGGGAGCCUGAGGUUUCCCGUUGAGGAGUUAGGCUGGAGAUCCUGGGAGCCCUCCUCCGCGGAGCACGGCAAUCUGGCCCUUUGACAUAAAUGCGAUUGACGGGCACAUAGAUGGCACUUUUAACCAAGAGGUGGUUGGGCCCUCUGGAGGGAGAUGAGACCAGGGUGCAGACAUAAGCUCAGCCCCGCCCUCCCCACCCCCCAGCUCUGGAUUCAGGAAGAGAAGCAACCAGCCAAGGAACCUGAGAAGCAGCUGCCAGCUUAUGAGGGAGGAGGGCAGUCCCCAAAGCAGGCCCUGGAGAGCUCACUGUAGCGCCCGCACAGUAACAGUCCAGGUCACAGCCGGUCCCCUAACAGGCCACACCCCCUGGCUCUCUCUCUUCCCCGCCGUUCUCUCCUGAGCACUGUCCUUUUACAGCCGGCAGGGUGGGCACUGGUGGCCAGGUGAUGCGGGCAGUCCUGGGGACAGAGGAGCUGUGGUUUCAGCAGCCCUGGCCCGAGGAGCCCCGCCUAGCCCUGCCCUCAAGCCAAGGCAGCGGCCCACCCACCAUGGCCCUGAGCUGGUGCGCCCACCUCCUUUCGUCCGCGGGGGCGGGGGCUCUGGCGGGCAGACCGCAGCCACCGCAUGGCCCCACCGGCAGCUUUGGAGGGGGCUCCCUAGGCUGGACCACCCACACAGGUGGGGCUCUAGUGGCCCCGCACCGGCCCCCCCGCUUCUACGGGGGCAGUGUUUCUCCGCGGGGGGCGGGGCUUUCUGUGGGGGAGGUGGACUUUGCGGGGGUUGGCGGGGUGGGGGUUGGCGGGUGGGCUCUCGCAGGCGGGGCGGGCGGGGCCGACCGCUCAGCUCCGGGCUGUCAUUUGUCGUUAAAUUUAGCGGCGGGCCGGUCAGCCGGGCGGCAGCGGGGAUUAUAAACGGCCGGGGCGCCCACCCUCGAAGCAGGAGUCCGGGCGAGGAGACGGCGCUGGAACCCAUGGACACGUCGUACCCCCGCGAGGACCCCCGGGCUCCGACGCCCAGCAAGGCCGACGGCACCGCCCACACGGCCCUCACGCUGGGGGCGCCGCGACCCCCACCUCGAGACCACUUGAUCUGGUCGGUGUUCAGCACCCUCUACCUGAACCUGUGCUGCCUCGGCUUCCUGGCGCUGGCCUACUCCAUCAAGGCCCGCGACCAGAAGGUGACUGGAGACCUGGAAGCAGCCCGGCAGCUCGGCUCCAAGGCCAAGUGCUACAACGUCCUGGCCACGGUGUGGGUCCUGGUGCCGUCGCUGCUGCUCGUGGUGCUGGUGACUACCGGCGCCCUGCACCUGUCCCGGCUGGCCAAGGGCUCCGCCGCCUUCUUCAGCACCAAGUUCAACGACUCAGACUAUGACUGACGGGCUGGGCCCUGCCCCCGCCCUGACCCGGGUGCUCCACCCUAACCACCUGGAACCCUGACCUGCCUAUGGGCCUGAGGCCUGCCCUCCAGCCCCAGCCCAGGCACCUGACACUGACCCUGAAGGUCCUCCACGGGGACCCCAGGGCCUUACCCUCACCUUGAUGCCCCCAGUCCCCUAACCACACUCCCCCCACCCC